AUGACCUACAUCUGUCUGGUAUCAGAACCAAUCAAUCUCAUUCAGUCUGAUUGCUUGGUAGAGUGCACACCUCAAAACCGACGACGAGUGAAAGAAGACGACAAUCGUUGUAGAAAACGGGCGGCGCGGAACGGAGCGGUGUUGAAACUCUCCUCUGUGGGAAUGGGCGGCGUCGCGGAUUUUUGCCUCACAGGGGCGGCCAUCUUUUUCAUUCUGGUCUUGUCCAAGUACCACAUGGUGUUUGGCUCUGACUGUGCUGAAGUGGGGGGCAAGUUGGCAUGCGACGAUAUUUGCGAAGCCCAUGCUGCUCCUUGCUUCGGUUAUGAGGUGGAUUUCCUUAGUACUCGGUUGGACCUGGACUGCGUCUCUCAUUUUCAUCUCAAAAAAGUUUUCAUUCUGGGGCCUACCUUUUGCAGAGGUUCUGUGGAAGGCAUGGAUAAGCUAAUUCAGCCCUGGAAAAACUGCUUUUUCUCCUUCAGGAAAAACAAGAUAGAAACCGAUCAUCAAACUACAAAGCAGAUUAAAGAAGUGGUAAAGUCUUCUUCCGUGGUUCCCAGAGAACCAGGUUUUCUAGAGGAACAUCGCCAGUUGUUGGAGAAGUUUUUCAAAGAGAAGCUAAUCUUGACGGAGAAGUCCCGUACGGUUUCUUCUACUUCUCCCAGCAGUUCUGCUGACCCAGGUGGUUCCAAGGGGUCUGGUUUUUCUGCUAGUGCUUGGGUCCCGGUAGUUGAGGGCAAGGUUGUAGACCUUGCUUGGGUUCCGGUAGUUGAGGGCAAGGUUGUAGACCUGUCCAAACCGAAGAAAGAGACCGCUACCGAUCUUGGGGAAACUAACCCGAGCACCAUUAUUAAUACUUUGGCCAACGCUACCAGAUUAAACAUUACCACUGUUGAUAAAGACGGGAAUGUAGUUCACGCUGAGUUCCCGGUGGCAGUGGUUAAGAUAAUUGCCUAUAUUUCUGGUGGCGUGGGCACUCUUGUGGCGUCGGUUUUGGGUUUGAUUUGCUGUUGCCGUUACAAGCUAAAGAUACGCAGGACGGAACAGGGCACACUCGAAGUUUUACUAUGUUUGGUUUGGCCCCUAGUACGGGUGUGGAUCCGGAUGAGAGCUCGUGUUGACCGAUCGGACUUGGAAUCUGGAUUUGAUGGCCACUUCGGAAUGGACAGUAUUAGGCCAGAGUCGGACGUCGGGGAGAUCGGAAGUGUAGAUAGUUUCAAAACAGCAAAGGAGUGA